AUGUUCCUCUUCUUCGAGACACCGCUGACGCUUUCGCCGCGGCUAGCGCUGCCCGUCGGAGCCCGCCUCGUCUCCAGUCCUGUCGCCGCCGCUGCCGGCCCUCCAGUCGUCGAUGCGGCUCUCACCGAGCCCACGGCCGAGGACGGCUACCGCAGCCGCGCCGACCUGAAGCGCGGCAUCGCCUCGUUCUACGAUGGGAGCUCCGCGCUGUGGGAGCGCGUGUGGGGCGAGCACAUGCACCACGGCUACUAUCCCGCCGGGUCCAAGCGGAAGGACCACGUCCAGGCGCAGAGCGACAUGAUUGACGAGGUGCUCCUGUGGGCGCGAGGCGGCGGAGAGGCGGUGCCGCGCCGUGUGCUCGACGUCGGCUGCGGCGUCGGGGGCUCGACGCGCCACAUCGCCCGCGCGUUCGGGUGCGACGGCGUCGGCAUCACGCUGUCGCCGUACCAGGCGAAGCGCGCCAACGAGCUCUCCGCCGCCGCCGGACUCGGCGACCAGCUCUCCUUUCAGGUGGCAGACGCGCUCGAGAUGCCGUUCCCGGACGAGUCGUUCGACCUUGUCUGGUCGCUCGAGUCGGGGGAGCACAUGCCCGACAAGGAGAAGUUCGUCUCAGAGCUCACCCGCGUCCUCCGCCCGGGCGGCCGGCUGAUCCUUGUCGCUUGGACGCACAGAGACCUGUCCGCACCUGCGCAGGCGGAGCUCCGCCCCGAGGAGCAGAGACUGCUUCGCCGCAUCUCGAGGGCCUACUACCUCCCUCGCUGGUGCUCUGUCGCGGACUACACGCGGCUGCUCACCGCAAAGGGGAUGGGCGGCAUGCGGCGCGACGACUGGACGAGCAACGUCGCCCGCUUCUGGCCCGCGCUCUCGCCGGAAUGCGGUGCACGGGCUGCCCUCACGCCCUCCGCUCGGCCUCCAGGCCUCUUCCGCUCGGGCUGGUCCACCCUGCGCGGCGCGCUGGUGAUGCCCCUCAUGAUCCGCGGCCAGAAGAAGGGCACCAUCCGCUUCGGCCUCGUCACGGCCUGCAAGCCGAUCGCGCCCGGCGCGGCUUCCGCUGGCGGGGCCACGGCCGCCGUGCCGCGCGCCCCACCCCCCCGCGCCGCAACCUCGCUCGCCGCUGCGGCAGCCGAGGCCAAGGCGGCAGCGGCGGCGGCUCGGGCCGCGGCGCCGCCGCCGCCGCCGGCCGCGCCGCCGCCGCCCCCGACUGCGAGCGUCGCCUCGCGGCUCGCUCGCAUUGGCGCAAAACAGGCGCGCGUGCGAGAGGUGGAGAUGCCUCCGCCCGCGGGCUUCGAGUGGGGAGGCACCUACUGA